CCCCCUAUCCGCGCCUCGGGUAGAACCGCUGAAAACAUCUCCCGGCACCCGGCGGGGAGCUGGCAUCAUCCUUUGAAAAGGGACAUCGGCGGCGUCUGCGGUGGCGUCUACCCAAGAGAGCCCGCAGUCGCAGCAGCCAGCCGGCCCCACUCCGAUCCCAGCACCAACCUGAAUCGCUGAGGAAAAAAAAAAAACUAUAAAGCCGAGGAGGAACGGAACGGCGAGGCCAGCCCUGGGCCGACUCUCAUUAAGGAGCCGCGCGCGCCCCCAGGCUGGGAAUGCGGAAUGGACACGUGGACAGACAGGGGAGCCGGGGGAGGGUGGGGGGGAGUCUCCGUGGCGCGCGAGCCGUGGGCCGCGCGCUCCGGGGCCACGUGAUCACGGGGAAAUCUAGGAGGGGAGGGUGAGAGGAGAAGGGAGCGAGCGCGCCAAGCUGGGCGCCCGCCCGCUCUGGUCCUGGUGGGCGCUGGAUGCCGGACCCGGGAGGAGGGCGACGAGCGUGUCUGUGUGUGUCUCGCUCUCUCGAACCGUUUACGGAGGAGCGCCGUGGAGGCGGCGGCGACUGCUUCGGGCAACUGUGGCUCCCCCGCCUCUUCCCCCCACCUUCCCCCCGCUCCUUGAUUCUUCUUCUCCCCCACCCAACCCCACGUCCAAGGAGAGCUAGCCCCCUUUGCCGGCAUCCCUCUCCUCUCCCCUCGGCCUCCCCGGCGCCAGCUGCUGCCUCCCCGGCCAGGGCUGCGCAGGUGCGGGUGCCCCUGGCCCCCUGGCCGCGCUCCCGCUUCUCGCCACCCGCAGUCGGGACCGGAGCGGCGAUCCGCUCGCCCAAACUGAUUCCGAAGAGCGACAGCCCUGCGCCCUGCCGCACCGAGGCAGCUGGAGAGCGGCUGUCCGGGGGCACGGCGGGGGCGAUGGGGAGGACGAGGCACACGAGACUCUGAACCCCGGAAAAGUUCAAGGUUUGUGCAGAUCCCCCGCACCCCCCAGAGAAGGCGAGGAGCGGUACGAGGAGGGGCAGGGCACCCCUCUGCUGAGACAGCGACACCUCACCGGAGAGGAGAGAGAGGGGUGGCCCGGGGCCGCCGUGGGGCUGAGCUCCCCCUCUCCCAUCCUACAACGCUCGCCGGCUGGAGCCUGGAGGAGACGCUCCGGGAAGAAACGGCUCGAGCUGGGGCGCCUUAGCUGGCUUUCCCGCUCCCUCGCUUCUUCAAGCCCCAUCUCCACGGGGCAGCGGGUGCCUCGGGCUCCACCCUUCCUCCAGCCAUCCAGCCCCAGCCCGGCCGGGCGGGCGGCGCGGAGUCGGCCUGCGCUAGCGCAGACCUGGGUCGAGACGGGAGAGAGCGCGCUGGAGUCCGAGACCGAGCACCGCGAGGGGACAGACGUCUAGGCACCCACCUCGGGCGUUCCUCCUGGGCGUCGCCUAAGGGUGCUGGCGACCCGCGUCGCCUGCCUCAUCCCUGCAAGGAAACUUUUUUCUUCCCCGGAUGGAUUAAACUUGCCUGGAUUUUUUUUCUCUCUCGCUUUGGGAAAGAGCAAACCAUCCGUCUGCUCCCAACCUGGGAUAAUUCCGGGCUGCUGCAGAGCGCCCGGAGGAGGAAGAAAGCCGCCCUGUGCAUGUGGGAUUACCGCCGGAGCCGGGCUCGCGUUGGGGACCUGCGCCUUCGAGCGACUACGGCUCGGAGCGACGCGGCGAAGCCGGGGGGCCUCGGCACGCGGCUCUCGGCAGCCCCCGGGACGCUGGUGGCCGCCGGGCCCCGGGACCGCACGUGCGGCUCCCCCCUCUCUUCGCGGUUCCUGCAGGGGGCACCAGCCUGGGGAGGUGGAGACUCCUCCCUCGCGGAGCUGCGCCCCCCGCCGGCUCCGAGGGUGUAGCCCGGCGGUGCCCGGGACGCCCCCUCCCCUCAAAGUGUCCCCGAAUUGCUGCUGGCCCCCGAAGCCUCAGCGGACACAGCUGGGCGCCACAGUGAGUUGGAGGCGACCGAGCCUAGCCUGAGACCAAUCCGCCUUGGACCUCUGCCCCCCUCCUCCUCCACGGACCCCUCCCGUCCCCCGCCUCGGCCAUGGCCCCGGGGAUGUCGGGCAGCCACGGCGCCGCCCUGCUCUGCCUCUCCGCGCUGCUCGCCCACGCCGCCGGCCGCUCCCACCCAGCCAGCCCCAGUCCCCCGGGACCUCAGGCUAGCCCUGUGUUGCCAGUCAGCUACCGCCUGUCGCACACGCGGCUGGCCUUCUUCCUGAAGGAAGCGCGACCCCCCACGCCAACAGCGAUCAACGGCUCCAUGCAGCGCUCGGAACCCUUCGUGGUGUUCCAGACCAAGGAGCUACCGGUCCUCAACGUGUCCUUGGGUCCCUUCAGCACCAGCCAGGUGGUAGCGCGCGAACUUCUGCAGCCUUCCAGCACGCUGGACAUCCCCGAGCGCCUGACGGUCAACUGGAAGGUACGCGCCUUCAUCGUGCGCGCCCACGUGCCCUCCUCGCAGCCCGUGGCACAGGUGCUUUUCUAUGUGGCCGGCCGCGACUGGGACGACUUCGGGGUCACCGAGCGGCUGCCCUGUGUCCGCCUGCACGCCUUCCGUGACGCACGCGAGGUGCGGAGCUCGUGUCGCCUGGGCGGGGUCUUGGCCACCUGCUUGGUGCGCGCCGAGCUGCCCCUGGCCUGGUUCGGACCCCCGGCCCCGGCCGCACCGCCCAGCGCCCGCCGCAAGUCCCCCGACGGUCUGGAGCCCGAGGCGGCAGCCGAGAGCCAGCAGGUUGAGCUCUACUACACGCUGCACGCCCCCGAUGCGGCGGGCGGCUGCGGGAGCGCGCGGCGCGGCCCCGGGCCCGGAGCGGCCGCGCGCGCCGAGAGCCCCACGCAGCACCCGCUGCUGCGCAUUGGCAGCAUCAGUCUGUUCAGGCCGCCGCCUCGCAGGGCCGUGCAGGAGCACAGGCUGGACAGCAACCUGAUGAUCCGCCUGCCUGACCGGCCGCUCAGGCCCGGAGAGGUACUCAGCAUCCUCCUCUACCUGGCCCCCAACUCCUCCUCAGCUGCCAGCCCCAGCGUGGAGCACUUCACACUCAGGGUGAAAGCCAAAAAGGGUGUGACCCUCUUAGGCACUAAGUCCCGAAGUGGCCAGUGGCAUGUGACUUCAGAGCUAUUGACUGGAGCAAAGCAUUCAACAGCCACUGUGGAUGUGGCCUGGGCCCAGGGCACACCCCUACCCCCCUGGGAGGGUCAGGGGCCCCUGGAGAUUCUGCAGCUGGACUUUGAGAUGGAGAAUUUCACCAGCCAGUCCGUGAAGCGAAGGAUCAUGUGGCACAUUGACUAUCGAGGCCACAGUGCCCUGCCCGACCUGGAGCGAGCCGUCACUGAGCUGACGGUCAUCCAAAGGGAUGUGCAGGCCAUCCUGCCCCUGGCCAUGGACACAGAGAUCAUCAAUACUGCCAUCCUGACAGGGCGGACUGUAGCCAUUCCUGUCAAGGUCCUCGCUAUUGAGGUGGCUGGCCUUGUCCUGGAUGUUUCUGCCCUGGUGGAGUGCCAGUCUGAGAAUGAGGACAUCAUCAAGGUAUCCAGCAGCUGUGACUACGUUUUUGUAAGCGGGAAGGAGUCUCGAGGAUCCAUGAAUGCCAGAGUCACCUUCCGCUACGAUGUCCUCAGUGCCCCCUUGGAAAUGACAGUCUGGGUCCCCAAGCUACCUCUGCAUAUUGAGCUCUCAGAUGCCCGCCUCAGCCAAGUGAAGGGAUGGAGGGUUCCUAUCCUUCCUGACCGAAGGUCAGCUCGAGAGAGCGAAGAUGAGGACGAAGAAGAAGAGGAACGGAGGCAGAGUGCCAGCCGGGGCUGUACCUUGCAGUACCAGCACGCCACCCUGCAGGUCUUCACCCAGUUUCACACGACGUCAUCUGAGGGCACCGACCAGGUGGUCACUAUGCUGGGCCCCGACUGGCUAGUGGAGGUCACUGACCUGGUUAGUGACUUCAUGCGGGUGGGUGACCCCCGCGUGGCCCACCUGGUGGACAGCAGCACGCUGGCAGGACUGGAGCCAGGCACCACUCCCUUUAAGGUUGUGUCCCCCCUGACCGAGGCUGUGCUGGGGGAGACAUUGCUGACAGUGACAGAGGAGAAGGUCAGUAUCACUCAGCUCCAGGCCCAGGUGGUGGCCAGUCUCGCCUUGUCCCUGCGACCCAGCCCUGGGAGCAGCCACACCAUCCUGGCCACUACAGCUGCCCAGCCCACCCUCAGCUUUGUCAAGCAGGAAGCCCUGCUGAGCCUAUGGCUCUCUUACAGUGAUGGAACCACAGCUCCACUGUCUCUGUACAGUCCACGGGACUAUGGGCUUUUGGUGAACAGCCUGGAUGAGCGGGUGGCCACUGUGACCCAGGACAAAGCUUUCCCACUGGUGGUGGCUGAAGCGGAGGGGGCAGGAGAUCUGCUCCGUGCGGAGCUCACCAUCUCAGAGAGCUGCCAGAAAACUAAGCGCAAGAGUGUGCUGGCCACUACUCCCGUGGGCCUCCGGGUACACUUUGGGCGGGAUGAGGAGGACCCCACAUAUGACUACCCAGGGCCCAGCCAGCCCGGGCCUGGUGGGGGCGAGGACGAAGCCCGGGGAGCCGGUCCACCCGGCACUGCAGUCCCCGCUGGUGAGGUCCCUGGAUUGGGCACUUCUGGCCCUGUGCCACCCACAGAGGACUUCUUGCCGCUGCCCACCGGCUUCCUGCAGAUGCCCCGGGGGCUGACGGACCUAGAGAUUGGUAUGUACGCCCUGCUAGGGGUCUUCUGCCUUGCCAUCCUUGUCUUCCUCAUCAACUGCAUCGUGUUCGUGCUGCGAUACCGGCACAAGCGCAUCCCUCCGGAAGGCCAGACAAGUAUGGACCAUUCUCACCACUGGGUGUUCCUGGGCAAUGGGCAGCCACUUCGGGUACAAGGUGAGCUGUCGCCGCCUGCAGGGAGCGCGUUGGAAACUGUGCCUGCCUGCUGCCACGGAGAUCACCACAGCAGCGGCAGUUCGCAGACCAGCGUCCAGAGCCAGGUGCACGGCCGUGGGGAUGGCUCCUCAGGGGGCUCUGCCAGGGACCAGACGGAGGACCCUGCUAGCUCACCCACCUCUAAGCGCAAGAGGGUCAAGUUCACGACCUUUACCACUCUGCCCUCGGAGGAACUGGCCUAUGACUCAGUGCCUGCUGGCGAAGAGGAUGAGGAGGACGAAGAGGACCUGGGUUGGGGUUGUCCUGAUGUGGCCGGAACCACACGGCCCACUCCGCCCCCGGACCUGCACAAUUACAUGCGCAGAAUCAAAGACAUUGCCUAGUGAUGACCUGGGGUGGUGGGAUACCCGCACGCACGUGGUGGCCUCUGGCUGGGGUUCAGCCCGGAUCCCCAGCUCACAGGGACUUGGGGCAGCUGAAUGGAUUUUAUAGUCCCUGCCACCGCAGCUUUGGUCUGGCCAGUUGUAGCCAGACCGACCUUGACCUUCUCCUGCCCCUUGCAGGUGAAAGGCUCUUUCCAAACCCAGCGUGAAGCAGGGAGACGGUUCAGCCCUGUUCACUCUUUCCAAACCUCAUUCCAUCUUAGACGUCCCCACUACCCCAAGAUUGAGGCGCCAAGGCCAAACUUGGGGCCAGGUGGGCCCACACUGUGCCCUGCUCUGCCUCCCACGUCCCCAGUGGUGCCCCCUGUGCAGGGGACCCAGGUGGGGUCUUGUGUCACAGGCUGCACAAAGACUUUACUUAAACCAAUAUUCAGGGAUUUCUGUCCUGCAGGGUGGGAAGUGGCGGCUGCCUGCCUUGCCAAGGAUCUUACUGCAGACAAAACGUUUGGGUGUUGGGGAACAGUUGUGAUGUCUGCUGCUUUCUGGGUGUCUCCCAAGCAUGGAGCUGACCGCAGAGUGUCCCAGUGUGAAGUGGGCACCCUCCCGUGGCUUCCACUGCCCCUUACACUUCAGGAGGGCCCAAGAAAGAGGGGUUUUCAUAUCUCUCUGGCCAAACCACACCCACACAGUCAGCGCAGCGGGUGAUGUACAGCAGGUCCCCACAGCAAGAUCAACACUACUGCGCCUUAGCCUGGGCUCUGCUCACUCCUGCUUCCCUCCACACCGAAGGGCAGGCAGCCACAGCCAGCGUCCCUGAGAUGGAGGGGGCCACCUGGGAGUACUGCACGAGCCCGUGGGGUGGGUGAAGGCAGAAGGGAGCUGUCGCUCGGCGCCUUGCCCAUCUCCCCAGCAGCACCUCUUGGGUGCUACCCGCCACUGUGUCCGUUUUUCAUAAAUAAAUGGAAAGCAUCAGCCUGGGUUGGGGACAGUGACUGCUCCCUGCGAACAGACAGUA